AAAUAGUCACAGCCACGGAUAAUACCCUCCGAAAUUCAAAACCCCCUCCUUUCCUUAGACUAUAAAUUUCAAAACCCCGCCGUCUCUCUCCUCACUCUAACUACUCGUAUAAGACUACUACUACUACCCGUUCUACGCCCUAAAAGUUUCGUCUUCUUCAUUGUCGCAUCUUUACUUCCAUUGUUUUCUCUCGUGAAUGGCGGAUCAUCAACUUCCUUGCGAUGGCGAUGGUAAUUGCAUGUUGUGUAAGAAGAAUCCAUCGGAAGAGGAGAAGAUUUUGUGUAAGACAUGCGUAACUCCUUGGCAUGUCGAAUGCCUUCCUUCGCCGCCGGAAUCUAUGGCUUCUGUUGCCGAAUGGGAGUGUCCUGACUGUUCUCCUACGGUGGUGUGUGGUAAAUUAGUCAAUUCGGCGACUAUCGCUGGUGUUGGAGGUGAAUUGGUGGCGAAGAUCAAGGCGAUCGAAGCCGAUACGUCAUUAUCGGAAACGGAGAAAGCGAGGAAACGUCAGGAGUUGUUGAGUGGGAGUGGAUCCACUGGAAAUGAUCAAGGCAAAGUUAUGGAUGGUAAUGAAAUACUGGCAAUUCUUGGUGAUAAUAUGAAAUGCUCCUUCUGUAUGCAACUUCCUGAUCGCCCCGUCACUACUCCAUGUGGGCAUAAUUUCUGUUUAAAAUGUUUCGAGAAAUGGGUGGGACAAGGAAAACGCACAUGUGCAAAUUGCAGGAAGGCCAUUCCUGAUAAAAUGGCCAGUCAGCCCAGAAUCAAUUCUUCUCUUGUAUUUGCUAUUAGAAUGGCAAGAACCUCCAAAGCAACAACAGUUGUGACUCCUAGAAUAUUUCAAUUUGUUCACAAUGAGGAUCUACCUGAUCAAGCUUUCACUACAGAGAGGGCUAAAAAGGCAGGAAAAUCAAAUGCAAAAAGUGGAAGGAUAUUUGUCACCAUCCCUCAUGAUCAUCUCGGACCUAUUACUGCUGAAUAUGAUCCAAUUCGGAAUAUGGGAGUGCUGGUUGGUGACUGCUGGGAGGAUCGCCUGGCAUGUAGACAGUGGGGUGCUCACUUCCCUCAUGUUAGUGGCAUUGCUGGACAAUCUACUUUUGGUGCACAGUCUGUUGUUCUUUCUGGAGGGUAUGACGAUGACGAGGACCAUGGGGAGUGGUUCCUAUAUACAGGGAGUGGUGGUCGUGAUUUGAGUGGAAAUAAGCGUACAAACAAGUUACAUUCAUCUGAUCAAAAGUUUACAAGCGGAAAUGAGUCGCUUAGGAUGAGUUGCAAAAAAGGAUAUCCUGUUCGUGUUAUAAGGUCUCAUAAAGAAAAGCGCUCUCAUUAUGCACCUGAAUCUGGGGUACGUUAUGAUGGUGUUUACAGAAUUGAGAAGUGUUGGACAAAGACAGGCUACCAGGGCUUCAAGGUCUGCAGAUACUUAUUUGUUAGAUGUGACAACAGUCCUGCUCCAUGGACGAGUGAUGAGCAUGGUGACCGACCAAGACCAUUGCCUGUUGUUCCAGAGUUAAAGAAGGCUUUUCAGCUGACUGAAAGGAAGGAAAGCCCUCAUUGGGAUUUUGAUUUAGAGGAAGGCUGCUGGAAAUGGAAAAAGCCUCCGCCACCUAGCAAGUUGUCCAAGGAAAAGGGAACUGGUGCUGCUCGUUCGAAGAAGAACUCCAAAGCAAAAAUUUUAAAGGAAUUUAGUUGCUUUCUUUGUCACAAGGUGUUGACUCUUCCAAUCACUACUCCAUGUGCUCACAACUUCUGCAAAGCUUGCUUGGAUGUUGCAUUUGAGGGUCAAAAAUUUGAGAGAGAAAGGAAGACAGGUGGUUGGUCACUUCGAACCCAGAAAACUGUCUUGAAAUGCCCCUCUUGCACAACAGACAUCUCUGAGUUUCUUCAAAAUGCACAGGUUAAUCGUGAGUUGAUGGGGGUGAUUGAAUCAUUAAUGCGCAAGUUUGAAGAUGAGGAGAAAGCUGAAGGUGGGGAGAGCUCUGGUGACCACAAUGAGAACACUGAGAGUUUAUCAGAAGAUGCAGAAAUUGGUAUCUCAGAUGCUGAAGGUGUUGUGGAGGAAACUGAAACUGAUAUUACAAUGAAGAAGCCUCUAGGUGAGAGUGGAGAGAUUGAUGAAGGUGUUAGAAAUCCCGAUGUUGCGAAGGCUGAGCCUUCAGCUGCUAAGAAGCGAAGUUGCCCUAUUAAGAGUGCUGCUGCUAAUGGUGAUGCAAACAGCACAACAGAGAGAAAAUCUCGUAGAGUUGGAGACGAUGGAAAUGAUUCACCCUCGAGUCCUCUGAAUGUCUGUUCAGAUCAUGAACUAUAAUAAUGUUUGGACCUUGUUGAUAUGCAUAAUGUGCUAAGCCUAUACUGCAUAUCAUUUAGAGGUUACAUGUUUAGGGUGUACAUACCGCCUCAUGGAGAGGUUUAGCCCACACGGCCAACUGCAACUCAUUUUGUACCUUCAUUGUUGCAAUGUGGUCAGUUAGGGGUGUGUUGCAUUCUGAUUUCUGAUGUUCCUAAUUUAUUAUGCCUUUCAAACCUCUGAACAUUAUAGUUCAGAUUAUCAUGGUUUUAAUUUACUUGUGACUAUAAAUGCAUCCACCUUUUGUGUCAAAAA